GACCUCGAGCAACUGUGGAGGCUACUUGGUCUGGCAUUCCCUAGGCGUUUCCUCAGAGCCGGACCGCCCGGCCCUGAAGGGAGGCGUGCUCGCCCCCUAGAGCGGGCUGGAACCGACCUGCGAGCCGAGCGUCCCGGGAAGGAGGUCCCCGCUCAUCGCUUUGCUCCCGGUGCUUCCCAUCCGCGAGACUCACAGCUGCAGAGCGGCCACCCGACGCCCACUGGAGCAGGCAGCAGCAUGCGGCCGCCGCCAAGCUUGCGCGGACGCGCCCUGCUGGCGCUGGUCAUCGCCUGCGGCGUGGCGGGGGUCCAGGGAGAAGAGAGGGGAUUCCCAUCGACCGGGGCCACUCUGCCACUUCCGGGACCCGGAGAGAUAAUGACGCCCCCCGCCGAGGUUUCCUGGCCGAAGGAUGCCAACGCCAGCGUGCCGUCGACUUCUGCACCCCCUCAGAUGCCUAAAGCAGGGAGGACAACCGGAGCCCGGCCACGCUCGCCUCCUCCGUGCGAGAGAUCCAUUGAGAUCAAGGAGACUUUCAAGUAUAUCAACACGGUGGUGUCCUGUCUAGUGUUCGUGCUGGGCAUCAUCGGGAAUUCCACACUGCUGAGAAUCAUUUACAAGAACAAGUGCAUGCGAAACGGCCCUAAUAUCUUGAUAGCCAGCCUGGCUCUGGGAGACCUGCUACACAUCAUCAUUGACAUCCCCAUCACUGUCUACAAGCUGCUUGCCGAGGACUGGCCCUUUGGAGUUGAGAUGUGUAAGCUGGUGCCUUUUAUCCAGAAGGCCUCCGUGGGAAUCACUGUGUUGAGUCUAUGUGCUCUAAGUAUUGACAGAUAUCGGGCCGUUGCUUCUUGGAGUCGAAUUAAAGGAAUCGGGGUUCCAAAGUGGACAGCAGUCGAAAUUGUUUUAAUUUGGGUGGUCUCUGUGGUUCUGGCCAUCCCUGAAGCCGUGGGUUUUGAUAUGAUAACCAUUGACUACAAAGGACGUUACCUGCGAACCUGCUUGCUUCGUCCCACUCAGAAAACAGCCUUCAUGCAGUUUUACAAGACAGCUAAAGAUUGGUGGCUAUUUAGUUUCUAUUUCUGCUUGCCAUUGGCCAUCACUGCAUUUUUUUAUACACUGAUGACCUGUGAAAUGUUGAGAAAGAAGAGUGGCAUGCAGAUUGCUUUAAAUGACCACUUAAAGCAGAGACGGGAAGUGGCCAAAACGGUCUUUUGCCUGGUCCUCGUCUUUGCCCUGUGCUGGCUUCCCCUUCACCUCAGCAGGAUUUUGAAGCUCACUCUUUAUGAUCAGAAUGAUCCUAAUAGAUGUGAACUUUUGAGCUUUUUGUUGGUGUUGGACUACAUUGGCAUCAACAUGGCCUCCCUGAAUUCCUGCAUUAAUCCUAUAGCUCUGUAUUUGGUGAGCAAAAGAUUCAAAAACUGCUUUAAGUCAUGCCUAUGCUGCUGGUGCCAGUCAUUUGAAGAAAAACAGUCCUUGGAGGAAAAGCAGUCAUGCCUGAAGUUCAAAGCUAAUGAUCACGGAUAUGACAACUUCCGCUCCAGUAAUAAAUACAGCUCAUCUUAGGAGAAGGAAUAGUCACUUAAUUUCAUUUUCUUUAUUGUGGACAGAAGCCACUAAAACAAGGAGGCGUUUGCCAAAACAAAACAACUGUGUGCUUGCACAAAACAAUGUAAAAGUGUAAGAGUGAUGAUUUUCUUAACACUCACAGUGACCCAUGACUCUCUGUGAGCUAUUUAUUGCCUGAGAAAACAAAAGCCUUGAGAAUUAAGAAAGCCUCCUCGUGAAAGCACUUAAUUUUACACAGCCAGCACUCCAGUGUAGCUCUUAAUAACUUCCAGUACAUUCCUGCACCGCUUAGGUUUAGGUUGAACUCACUCUGAAUUCCUGUUCAAGAGGUUUAUGUUUUAAAUUCAUGUGAAUCUGAUAUAAAGGAAAAUUGUGUCACUGUAAAAUGGAAUCUUUAAGUAAAGUUUAAAUGGCUCAAUUCAAAAUUUAAAAAAAUCCUUUAAAAGAACCUUUUCUUAAUUCAUGGUGUCAAACCACUGGCUGGACUAUAAAAUGUGAAAGCAAGUUUAGCUGGUGUAUCUUUUUUUUUUUUUUUUUUCACAUUAGAAACAUAAUUAAAGGAUCAGGAGGUAGCAUCAGAGAGACUGAGGUUUUUGAAAAUCAUUAAUCUAUCUCCAUUCAGAUAAGGCCAAAUGUCACAAAGGGAAAGAGAGAGAAGGUUUGGAAUGCUUUCCCAAAAGACUGAAGUCUCCUACUCAUGUAUUCUGCGAAGAAAAUGCUACCUAUGAUUUUUUUCCAAGAUUAUUAAAAUAUUCUCCUUUCACUACUGUAGUUGAAACACUAUUUGUUUAUUUUGUCAUCUGCAAGUACUUAGCUACAAUUAUAGGACAUGCAGAUGAUUCAACAAAGGGCCAGCCCCAGCGUUUAGUACCUUUACAAUGGAGAGAUGCCAGUAACCACCUAAGGGACAGGACGUGAGUUGCCUGGAGCAGGGCCCACAGGGCGCAGGAGAAAGCAGGGUCCUCUCCCACCUGCUGCAGUCAAAAUGGUCUCUGGCGUAGGUGUAAUAUGAUAAUUAAAACACUGUUUUUUGAAAUCACACAAAUUAAUCAAUUUAACAACUACUUGUAAAGCUUAUUACUAAUUUUUAGAUCAUUUUUAUAAAUAACUAAUAAAAAACGGUUUUUGAUGUGGUGCUUUUUUGUCACAUACAGGCAAAAGUGCUUUUGGGGACUGUAAGGACCUCUUUCUUUGUGCAUUCUUGCCUAAUUCUUUCAUCUCCCCAGCAAAGCGCCUUAGGUUAACUUGGGAUGAUAUGUGUGUGAAAAUAUGUACAAGAGAGAACGGAAGAGAGAGGAAAUGAGGUGGGGUGGGAGGAAACCCACAGGGACGGAUUCCCAUUUUUAGCCUGACGUUCGUCAUUGCCCCGUCACAUCAAUGCAAAAGGUCCUGAUUCUGUUCCAGCAAAACACAGUGCAAUGUUCUCAGAGUGACUGCAGGAAUAAAUUGGGCCCAAGAGCUUUAACUCUGUCUUAAAAUAUAGCAGAGUUUCUACUUUUUUUUUUUUUUCCCCUUUAGUAACCCUGGGCCACGUGCUGGAAAUGAGCUAGCAAUGUUGUUUUCUGCCAGCAUCUAAUGUGACAAUACAGCAAACCAAAACCCCAAGAUGUGGCCAAAAAGAAAUGACAAUAAUUAAUUCACAUGCCACAUGGAUUCUAUUUACAGAUCACUCGCGGUCUUGUUUAUUAGUUUCUUCCCAAUCACUUUCUCAGACACUUGUCAACACAAAAGACAUUUCAAACUUUGGAUUUUAAAUUAACUUUGGAUAACUAAUAUAUUUUUUACUCCCACUUAAGUUUUAGAUCAUUUUUAUUACCAUGUACUGAGUUUUGGUUCUUCCUCAUUUACAUCCCAAUACCCUUUCCUUUUCCAUAUCAGACUGUGGUCUGUAAUCAUCUUGCCAAAUUUUGAAACCGCACGCAAAGAGUAUGUACAUGGACUAUUUAUAACGAAAUUGCUUUCAGUAGCUUUUCUAAAAAUGUUUGAUUUGAAAAUGUUAACACCUGAUAAAAGUUGGUAAGAAGCAAAUAUGAUUUCUGGACAUAAUUAAAACCAAUAUGGCCAAAGGAAUUCAGGUUGUAGCAAAACAUGGGUAUGCUGUAGUUAACUCUAUAAAAUUGUAAUAUAAACAUGUAAAAUAGCUAUGUAUUUUGUCUUCUUGUGGUCACUUAAAGUGGCAACUACUGUAGUUGCUGAUUCCUUAUUAUGUAAACAAAAUCAAUAAAAAGUUAAAUUGUUU